CAAGGAAACCAUUAAAAACACAGAAAAGGAUAGAGCAGCUAAACUUUGGAAUAAAAACGUUCAAAGCAAUAAAAGCCUUGCUAAGUAAAAUGAAUUGCACUCUUGACGGAAGUUCGUGCUGCGACGGUCCGGCAAAACUUAACUUGAUAUAACUUGCUGUAUGGGCAUCCUCUACCGGGAUCGAACCUGGAAUGCCCAUACCUUAUCCCCUAUCGGGUAUACCCAUGCGGUAUCCCCUACUGGGUAUACCCCUACGGCACUGAUGAUUUAGGUAUCCAAAGAUUUCUAAGUUACGAAACUCUGGGAACUUCAAGUUACUUCUUUCUUCAGCUGCAUUGGAUAGAUCGAUAUUGUGAGACUGUACGGGAAUUUCUCUGUUAAGGAGCGGACAUAAGGAGUUCAAUCUUAUUUGUUAAGAAAAAUAAUGGACAAGAUUUGUACGUACGGUAAGACACUCUCUUUUAUUGAAACAAUGAAAAGAAAGCUUUAAUUAAUUAAUGCCUGACACAUUGAAACAAACUAAACUGACAUGCAAGAAAUAAAACAAAGAUGCUAUUAAGGUAAUGCGAAGGUUUGACAAGAAUCUCAAUGUUACGAAUAAAAACAUUCCAUUUUUCAACUGUUUGAGAGAUAAUCUAGCCUGCGUGCCAGGCGUUCCAAAAGGGAAGGAGAAGGAGAUUUUGGGUACGUGAGAAGCGUGAAGGCGCGCGAGGAAUGAGGAAGGAGAACGCGUUCCUCUUCUCGCUUCUCCCUCGCGCGCGGUCUCGCUCUUACGUUCCCUUCUCCCGCUGCCUUUCGAACGUUUGCCACGUAUGCCAGAGAUUAUCAAGUUAUUCUAUCAUCGUAUUCAUCUUCCUAGCUAAUUGAUAUAAAUUUUACAAGGUGCGAUUUUAAUCCUCGAAAUCUAAAUCUGAUUGGUCGAGAGCAUUCAAUCAAUUCACAAUAGCUUGUGAACUUGACAUGAUAAAUGCAAUAUCUGCUGCAGAUAUUGCAUUUAUCAUGUCAAGUUCAACGUCU